GAAACCCUCGUCUAUAAAUACAUACUGUCCCUAAACUGGUAAAGUCUCUCUCGCUCUCUCCUGCUCUCGCAAACGCUGCUUCUUUGUCUUUCUUUGGGUCGAUCCGACAGGGAAGAGCUCUUCUGCGCAAUCAUGUUGGUCUAUCAAGAUCUUCUCUCUGGUGAUGAGCUUCUCUCGGAUUCGUUCCCAUACAAGGAGAUUGAGAAUGGGAUACUGUGGGAAGUUGAAGGAAAGUGGGUUGUUCAAGGAGCCGUUGAUGUAGACAUUGGUGCAAAUCCUUCAGCUGAAGGAGGUGAUGAGGAUGAGGGUGUUGAUGACCAAGCUGCCAAGGUUGUUGACAUCGUUGACACAUUUAGGCUCCAGGAGCAACCUCCGUUUGACAAGAAGCAGUUUCUUACACAGAUUAAGAAAUUUAUCAAGAAUCUGUCGGAGAAACUUGAUGAGGAUCAGAAGGAACAUUUUAGAAAGAACAUUGAGGGAGCAACCAAGUUCUUGCUUUCAAAAAUCAAGGACUUGCAAUUCUUUGUGGGGGAGAGCAUGCAUGAUGAUGGUUGUUUGGUCUUUGCUUAUUACAAAGAAGGUGCUACCGAUCCAACAUUCUUGUACUUUGCCCCUUCUUUGAAGGAGGUCAAGUGCUGAAGAGUGCCAAUAGCUGGCCUUGAUGUGCAAGUGCUAGCUUUAUUAGUUUUAGUUUUAUCCUUGAAUGCUUUACUAUCUUUUGUUCUGGUGGACUUGAGGCUUUGCGCGUCCCGUUUUGGUUUAAUUGUUGUCUGCAAACCAUUACAGGUUCGUUAAUGGCUCUUUAUGCUUUGCUUGACCAAAUAAUCCAAUUUCUGGUUCAGGUGUGCUCUUAUAA